AUGUCCACUCAACCAAAGACACUCACUGUUGGUCUCUUCCCAUAUCUUCCUUCUUGGAAUGAAAAUGGCAACGAAGUUAAAUUGAUCAAUUUGAUCAAGGAUGUUUUGCCAACUCAGGUUUCCGGAUAUAAUAUCGAAUAUACCGAAUUUGAUUGUUACAGUGAUGCUAGUCUUCAAAGUCUUCCAGAUGUUUUCUCAACUGAUAGCAUUUUCCUUCCAUAUCUUGUUUCUUUGGGUGGUGUCAAGAGUUUGGAUGAAUCAUUGGUUCGUGGUGUUACUGGUGAUUUGCAUAGUUUUGUUUCCUCAAGUGCCUCUGUCAAUGGUUCCGUUUAUGGUUUCCCACAAUACUUGUGCUCAAACUUUUUAUUGUCCUCACCAAAUGCUACUCAACAAGCAUCUUCCCUUUUAGAAUUGGCUCAAAAGGUUGGUUAUGAACAAAUUGUUUAUCCAGAUGUUGCCUCUUCUAGUUCUUUCACAGUUUUCGGAUUGUAUCAACAAUUACUCCAAUCAUCAUCAUCAGCUGCAGUUGAUAUCAAGGCCUCUGAUCUUCCACAAUCUGGUGACCAAGUCAACAAGGAUAUCACUCAAAAAUAUAGAACCAUUUUGGAUUCAACAGUUGUUGCCUCUCAAAGAGAAUAUAUUAACUCUGUAAAGCAAGGUAAACCAAUUUCAAACUACUAUGUCGGAUAUAGUGAAAGUAUGUGUGAAAUUAAGGAUAUCAUCAGAGAUCAACAAUACAAUGUUCAACUCAUUGGUACCUCUGAUAAGCCAUACGUUUAUACUGAUGUUUUGGCUUUGAAUUCCAAUUUGUGUGAUGAAAAGCAAAAGGUUGCUGUUGAAGUUAUCAAGAAUUUAUUGACUAAUACUUUAGUUUUGGACUUGUUGGGUCUCGGAUUAACUCUCCCAGCCAACAAGAAUGGUAUUGCUCAUUUGGCUAAAUCAUCAAACUUUUAUGCUCAAUUGAGCCAACAAUUCGAUGCCAAGGAAAGUGAAGUUAGAGUUUUGAGAUGUGUUGACUUUGCUAACAAGGAAGUUAAGAAUUGUGCUGGUGUCUUGAGACCAUUCCUUCAACAUAUUGCUGUUGCUACUUUGCGUUGUUUGACUGCUGACACUGUCGAAAAGGCUAAGAGUGGUCACCCUGGUAUGCCAAUUGGUAUGUCACCAAUUGCCUAUGUUUUGUGGAAGUUCUUCUUCAAAUCAUCUAAGGAUGAUGUCAAUUGGUUGAACAGAGAUAGAUUUGUUUUGAGUAAUGGUCACGGUUGUACAUUGCUUUAUGCCAUGUUGCACCUCACUGAUUGUAACUUGAGUUUGGAUGAUCUCAAGAAUUUCAGAAGUUUGCAUUCCAAGACUCCUGGUCACCCAGAAUAUGGUCACACUGAAGGUGUUGAUGCUACUACUGGUCCAUUGGGUCAAGGUGUUUGUAAUGCUAUUGGUAUGGCUCUCUCUGAAGCUCACUUGGCUGCUCGUUUCAAUAAGGAUGGACAAAAUAUCUUUGAUCACCACACCUAUGUUUUCCUUGGUGAUGGUUGUUUGAUGGAAGGUGUUGCUAUGGAAGGUCUCUCAUUUGCUGGUCACCAAAAGUUGAACAAGUUGAUUGUUUUCUAUGAUGACAAUAGUAUUACUAUUGAUGGUAAGACUGAAUUGACCUUUACUCAAAAUACUCCAGAAGUCAUGAGAGGUUUUGGAUGGCACGUAAUUGUUGUCGACAAGGCUGAUAAUGACUUGGUUGGUAUUAAGGAAGCUAUUUUGGAAGCUCACACUGUUACUGACAAGCCAAUCAUGAUCGUUUGUAAGACUACAAUUGGUUAUUCCUCAAAGGUUCAAGGUACUGCUAAGGUUCACGGUUCUCCAUUGGGUGCUGAUGGAUUGAAGAAUUUGAAGGAAACUUGUGGUUUCACUGGUAAUGAUUUCUUCCAUGUUCCAGAAAUUGUCAGAAAGGACUUUGCUACUGUCAUUAAUAGAAAUAGUGAAAAGCUCUCUCAAUGGAAGCAAGUUAAAUCUGCCUAUGAUACCACUCAUGCUACUGAAUCCCAACUCCUCCAAAGAAUGAUUAAUCACGAAUUGGAAGGUGAUGUUAUGGAAAAGUUGCCAAAAUACCUCGAACAAAAGAAGAUUGCUACCAGAUCUACAUCUCAACAAGUUUUGAAUGCCAUCUAUCCACUCAUUCCUUCUCUCGUUGGUGGUUCAGCUGACUUGACUCCAUCCAACUUGACUGAUGUAACUGGAUGUCAAGAUUUCCAACCAAACAAUAGAGUUGGUAGAUAUAUCAGAUUUGGUGUCCGUGAACAUGCCAUGGUUGCUAUUGCCAAUGGUAUUCUCUAUCAUGGUGUUCUUAGAACCUAUGUUGGUACAUUCUUGAACUUUGCUUCAUAUGCUUUGGGUGCUAUCAGAUUGAGUGCCUUGUCUGGUCUUCCAAAUAUUUAUGUUUUCACUCAUGACAGUAUUGGUCUUGGUCAAGAUGGUCCAACUCACCAACCUGUUGAAGUUUUACCAAUGUUGAGAGCCAUUCCAAAUCACAUUGUUUUCAGACCUGCUGAUGGUAGAGAAACCAGUGGUGCUUAUUUGUGGGCUGUUCAAUCAAAGAAGACUCCAUCCUCAAUGAUUCUUUCUCGUCAAGAUUUGCCACAAUUGACUGGUACUGAUAUUUCAAAGGUUGCUUUGGGUGCCUAUGUUAUUCAAGGUGAUGCUACUCCUGAUGUUGUCCUUGUUGGUACUGGUUCUGAAGUUUCCCUCAUGGUUGAAGCUGCUGAAAAGUUGAAGGCUAACCUUAAGGUUAACGUUGUUUCCAUGCCAAGUUGGGAAUUGUUUGUUCGUCAAUCAGAAGAAUACAGGAAGACUGUCUUCCCAGAUGGUAUUCCAGUUGUCAGUGCCGAAGCUUCAUCAACCUUUGGUUGGACAAGCUUUGCUCACUAUGCUGUUGGUAUGACUACUUUCGGUGCUAGUGCUGCUGCUGAAGAAGUUUACAAACUCCUCAAGAUUACCUCAGACAAUGUUGCUGAAAAGGCCACCAAAUUGGUUACCAAGUAUGGUAAGCAAGCUCCAAGACUCAGCUUGUCUCUUGUUGGUGAAGAACUCUAAAUCUUUUACAAUACAUUUUAAUUUAUAUUCAAA